GGGCGCAGCACUGGUGCCGCGCGCCAACCGAGCCCACCGCAGUCACUUCAGCCACCGGAUUGCAACUUUGCAGGUGCCUCCCAUUCUCCUCGAUAAGCAGUUCUCUGAAUUCACUCCGGACAUUACACCUAUCAUCCUGGCCGCACAUACAAAUAAUUAUGAGAUAAUCAAACUUUUGGUCCAGAAAGGUGUCUCGGUGCCCAGACCCCAUGAGGUCCGCUGUAAUUGUGUCGAGUGUGUCUCCAGCUCGGAUGUGGACAGCCUCAGGCACUCAAGGUCCAGGCUCAACAUCUACAAGGCAUUGGCCAGUCCCUCGCUCAUCGCCCUGUCAAGCGAAGACCCUUUCCUUACUGCCUUUCAACUGAGCUGGGAGCUGCAAGAACUGAGCAAGGUAGAGAAUGAAUUCAAGUCAGAAUAUGAGGAGCUGUCCAGACAAUGCAAACAAUUUGCUAAGGACCUCCUAGAUCAGACACGGAGUUCCAGAGAGCUGGAAAUCAUUCUUAAUUACCGUGAUGACAAUAGUCUGAUCGAAGAGCAGAGUGGAAAUGAUCUUGCGAGGCUAAAAUUAGCCAUUAAGUACCGUCAAAAAGAGUUUGUUGCCCAGCCCAACUGCCAGCAGCUGCUCGCAUCCCGCUGGUACGAUGAAUUCCCAGGCUGGAGGAGAAGACACUGGGCGGUGAAGAUGGUGACGUGUUUCAUUAUAGGACUGCUUUUCCCCGUCUUCUCCGUGUGCUACCUGAUAGCUCCCAAAAGCCCACUUGGCCUGUUCAUCAGAAAGCCAUUCAUCAAGUUUAUCUGCCACACAGCCUCCUAUCUGACUUUUUUGUUCCUGCUGCUGCUAGCCUCUCAGCACAUCGACAGGUCAGACUUGAACAGACAAGGUCCACCACCAACCAUCGUGGAGUGGAUGAUAUUACCGUGGGUCCUGGGUUUUAUAUGGGGAGAAAUUAAACAGAUGUGGGACGGUGGACUUCAGGAUUACAUCCAUGACUGGUGGAACCUGAUGGACUUUGUGAUGAACUCCUUGUACUUGGCAACAAUCUCCUUGAAGAUCGUCGCGUUUGUGAAGUACAGUGCUCUGAACCCACGGGAAUCCUGGGACAUGUGGCACCCCACCCUGGUGGCAGAGGCUUUGUUUGCUAUUGCAAACAUCUUCAGUUCCCUGCGCCUGAUCUCACUCUUCACUGCAAAUUCUCACCUGGGACCUCUGCAGAUAUCUCUAGGGAGAAUGCUUCUGGACAUCCUAAAAUUCUUAUUCAUAUACUGCCUCGUGCUGCUAGCGUUUGCAAAUGGCCUAAACCAACUGUACUUCUACUACGAAGAAACAAAGGGGUUAAGCUGCAAAGGCAUACGGUGUGAGAAACAGAAUAAUGCAUUUUCCACGUUAUUUGAAACUCUACAAUCCCUGUUUUGGUCAAUAUUUGGACUCAUCAAUUUAUAUGUUACCAAUGUCAAAGCCCAGCAUGAGUUCACCGAGUUUGUUGGGGCCACCAUGUUCGGGACGUACAAUGUCAUCUCUCUGGUUGUCCUACUGAAUAUGUUAAUUGCUAUGAUGAAUAAUUCUUACCAACUAAUUGCCGACCAUGCAGAUAUAGAAUGGAAAUUUGCCAGAACAAAGCUUUGGAUGAGCUACUUUGAAGAAGGGGGUACCCUGCCUACGCCUUUCAAUGUCAUCCCAAGCCCCAAAUCACUGUGGUACCUGGUCAAGUGGAUAUGGACGCACCUGUGUAAGAAAAAGAUGAGAAGGAAGCCAGAAAGCUUUGGAACAAUUGGGCGGCGUGCUGCUGAUAACCUGAGAAGACACCACCAAUAUCAAGAGGUGAUGAGAAACCUGGUGAAGCGCUAUGUGGCAGCCAUGAUCCGAGAGGCAAAAACUGAAGAGGGCCUGACGGAGGAGAAUGUAAAGGAACUAAAGCAGGACAUUUCUAGCUUCCGCUUUGAAGUUCUGGGAUUGCUCCGAGGAAGCAAGCUCUCCACAAUACAGUCGGCCAACGCCGCGGCGAGUUCCGCAGACUCGGACGAAAACAGCCACAGUGGAGGUAAUAGCAAGGACAAGAAAAAGAAUCUCAGCCUCUUUGAUUUAACCACUCUGAUCCACCCAAGGUCGGCAGUCAUUGCCUCCGAGAGACAUAACGUAAGCAAUGGUUCCGCCCUGGUGGUGCAGGAGCCGCCCAGGGAGAAGCAGAGAAAAGCGAAUUUUGUGGCUGAUAUCAAAAACUUCGGGUUAUUUCAUAGACGGUCAAAACCAAAUGCUGCUGAGCAAAACGCAAACCAAAUCUUCUCUGUUUCAGAAGAAAUUACUCGUCAACAGGCGGCAGGACCACUUGAGAGAAAUAUCCAACUGGAAUCCCAAGGAUUAGCUUCACGGGGUGACCUCAGCAUUCCUGGUCUCAAUGAACAGUGUGUACUAGUAGACCAUAGAGAAAGGAAUACGGACACUUUGGGUUUACAGGUAGGCAAGAGAGUGUGCUCCUUCAAGUCAGAGAAGGUGGUGGUGGAAGACACGGUCCCUAUCAUACCAAAGGGGAAGCGUGCCCACGAGGAGGACUCGAGCAUUGACUAUGAUUUAAGCCCCACGGACACAACGUCCCAUGAAGAUUAUGUGACCACAAGAUUGUGACGCUUGGAGGAAGAAAGUUUACCAUACCUAUACAUAUUUUCCAUAGUGCUCUGGGUGGGGAAGAUGUUUGAAAUUACAUUAUCAAAUGCUAAUUUACACUUUCUAGUGUUUAUCCAUUGUGGCAUAUUAACCUAUAACAUGUUUAAACAAAGCAGAGGCAACAUGAACCCUCCUCUUUUGUAGCCUGCUUUUGCUUUCACGGUUUAUUUUACAAAUGUCUCUGUUAAAUAAAAGCACCUUGUAUCCUUGUACUGUUACAAUAACCCACGAAAAUUUCUAGCUAUCUUUUUCAAUUAAAAUCAAUGCAAUUGAUUACAUGUGGUAAGUGACUCCUACAAUAGAUAUUUUUAUAUACAAAACAGUAUAUAUUGAAAUAUUAAGCACUAGACAUUUUCAUAACUUGGGGGGAAUUGCUAGAGAUGAUUAUUCACUGAAGAAGUCCAUGUAGACCUACAGUUUGUCUCUAAUAAGCAACCAUUACCAAAUUACUUCUUAUGAACAUGUAAAUAAUUAUCAGAAACAAUUAAAACAAGCUACCAUCUACCCAUGGGAUCUACAUUCCAACAUUUUAUUACAAAGUCUGAUGGAGUUCAUAGACCUUCUGCGCUAUAUUUUCAACAGUAAAAGAAAGGUUUGUCUUGAUGAUUGACAAUUUGUCUUAAGCAUUUUGUCAUCAAAUUCAUAGUUCUAACUUAAAAAAAGACAAGUUGUGAGUUUCGGGUUCAACUGUUCAUCAAGAUCAAUAUGGCCUUUUGUCCACAGUUUGGACAUUCAGCUCUUCCGCAAGGUUCUCAGUAUAAAAUAACAAUAAACCCUAAUCGUUCAAGUACUUAAACAAGGUAAUGUGCACAUCCAGCUAAAGUCACGCUAGAAUUCAAACACGAGAACAAUUAUUUUCUGAUGCCCUGAGUACUCACUGUUGUUUUCAGUUUAACAGAAGAAUGAAAGCCUUCCCUGAAUGAUGAGUAUAUAUUUUAAAAAGAAAAUGACUCAAAAACUCUCCCAGUAGAACCAAACAGUUUAUAGUUUUUCUUAUGGGAAGUUUUAAGUUCCUGUUUCUAUUGCUGUUUUACAAGAUAAUUUUCCUUACAUUGCAAUCAUUUCCCAGACUUUUGAAAGAAAAAUAUUCACACAUAUUCUAAAAAAGGCAUUGGCUAUUCCUUAAAGUUUAAAUUAAUUACUCAUGUCUCUUUUAAGACAUCAUAGGAAAUUUCUUCACCAUGUGCAAUUAGCUUUUAUUUCAAAUCAAUGAAAAUUGUUGAGUCUAUUUCACUUUAGAAUUGUCUCUGUGGACUGGAGAAAUUAUAUCAUUUAGCACUGAUCAAAGCUGUACAAUGUGACCACAAGUAAGAAGUUGCAGCCAUAAUGGUGUCAGCCACUCUUCUUUGUGUGCAAAACAAAUGGAGAUAUUUAAAUUGCUGCCAUUUUUAUCUCAUGCACAGAUGAGGAAACCGAGUCAGGCUAUAACCUUUAGUAACUGUGAUGGAGUUUUUCCAUAUUCUUAGGGGCCAUUUCCAACACCAUAGCUCCCAAUCAUAAACACCCAGAAAACAACAAUGUCUGCCUAGAGGGGUUUUGAUUCUGAAGCCUUGGUGUUUGUUUUGUUGUUUGUUUGUUUGACAAUAAGUUAGGUAAAAACUACACACGUGUGUGUCCCUUCUUGUAAAACAAGAAUCAUGCACAAAAUUAGAAUCUUUAGACCAAAUCACAUCACAGGCAUUAGAAGACUUUAAGCAGUGUGCGGCAUGGGGUCUCAGCCACAGACUUGAAGUAUUAGAAAAGCUGAGACAUUGAGCAUCUACCCCUAAAUCUGCUUUAUCUGAGAAUUUAAGAGUUGGCUGGGGGCGAUUGGAGAAACACUAACCUGGUGAAUGUGGGUAAUGUUUGAAGUACACCUUUAUCUCCAGUGUAUUAGCACACAGACUAAACUACAGUCCUACCAAAAUAUCCCAAUUACUCAGUGAUAGGAGACCUAUAGGCUUAUUUUUAAUGCUGUGUGUUUUUAAAAUAAUGACCCUGCAUAUCACCAUUCUACAUAUCUUAGCAGAAUUGAAUUUGAAAUCUGCUCUGCCCUUCAAACAACACCAAAGUUAAUAAAACCAACAAAUUUUUUUAAAAUUUAUUUUUUAUUUUUUUGUCUAGUAGCUUUCCCUACUGGGUAGGAGUGCUGGCAUUUUCCUGGAAACCUGGUGACUGACAAGUAUUUGUGUGGAUUAGGGACCACCUGUUUCUCAAUGUCCUGGAAAUGGUUAUGUUCACCGCUCUGGGAGGUCACUGAUAGGUACCUUUAUGAGUAGGAAUGAAGUAGUGUCAUUAGUGCCAAAUGUCCUGAAAAUAUUUUAUGCUCUGAUUAUCGUGUAGCAUUAACAAAGAGGAACAGGCUGUACAGAAUAAGAAUGAAAAAUAACAGUGGGUUUUCAGACAAAGGAAAUUGCCCUCCAGGCCUUUCCAUAAGCAACUUGGUUUUUCAUCAUUAUUCUAUUUCCUAUACACAAAAAAGAAGUUUAAAAUCACCUUCCAUUUGUGUUAACAGCAUUUUUUUGUUUUAUUCCCUCUUGAUCUUAAAAGAAAACUG